AUGGUGUCGGUAGAAAGUCUUUUGUCAGAGGUGACCACAUUAUUUGGCUACCAACUGACAUUGAGAGCAGCGGAUGAAUUAUUUUUUGGUGACAAAAUGCUCUAUCACUACCACUCAAACGAUGGAUCAAAAAAAGGAAUAUCUGAUCGCAGUAGUCCAAAUUGCAUGAAUAAGAGGAGAAAUCAGAAAGGCAGAUGUCCUAGUAACAGUAUGCAUGAAAAACCUGAUGGAUCAGAUGGCUUACGUGACGCUAUCGCUAAUGCCAGAAAAACACUGAAGCGAGCGCUGGAUGAUACUAGUGAAGACCUAGCUGGUAAUGCAUUAGCAAAAUUAACUGGAGAAGUUGUCGCGUUAAAGAAAGUAAGUGAUGAAAUGCGAAAUGAAAUCCAGAAACUACGUGAAGACUUCCAGAAGAUACUGAAUUAUGCCCACCAGUCAAGACCUUGCAUAUUUUCCGCAUUGGAAAGAGUUGGAAGUAGGACAUUAAUUUUGGGCGAUGGCAAUCUGUCAUUCAGUCUUGCAUUUGCUCGCUUACAUCCUGAGAUCGAAAUAUAUACAAGUGUUUUUGAAAGCUAUUCUGAAUAUAUUACGAAAUAUCCUUCCGGUGAAAAGAAUAUCAUCGAACUUCAAACUAACCAUUCUCAUGUCCAUAUUUUAUUUUCGAUCGAUGCCUGCUUACUUCCGGAAAAUUGGACUGGGUUUUACGAUGAUAUUAUAUGGAAUUUUCCUCAUCACUGUGGAAAAACAAAUCUUCGUAAAAGUCGUCAGCUAAUUCAGAAGGCAUUUGCAAGUAUUGGCCGGUUAUUGUUAUUCGGUCGUUUUCAUAUUACUCUUGCUAAGGGACAGAGUGGAUUAGAUCACUCGUCUAUAUUGUUUAGGCGAUGUUUCAAAUACCGACGGUUGCCAGAACAUAAGUCAGAUAGUUGGAAUAUUAUCUACAUAGCUGCUGAAGAAUACUUUAUUCUUCAGGAAGCUUCCAUUUUUCAACCAGGAUUGUUCCCUCCAUAUAUUAGCUCAGGAUAUCAUAAUUCGGAACGAUCUUUUAACGAUAAAAUUGGGCCGGAAACUCUUACUUUCGUUAAAAGUCCUGUCGUUACUAAAGUCAAAGAACUAACUGAGUAUGAAAAUAAGAUUUUUAGAAUCAAAAGAAUAGCUCAUGAAUGGCGACCAUUUUUUCAUAGGGACUUAUCAAUUAUUUAUUUGAAUCCAGAAAAAGCUACUGAAUUGGAGAGGGGUCAUGAGAUUUCUCUACCUGCUUUGAUAAAGGAAUCAUCAGAAAUUCAAAAACCAUUAGAAGUAUCAAAAGAGGAUUUUGAUUUAUUUGAAUCAUCGGAUGAAGAUGAUGCAGAAAAAGAACGUAUCAAACAGGAAAGGCUGAAAGCUUAUGCUGAGAAAAAAGCAAAGAAACCAGGAUGCAUUGCCAAGUCUUCUAUUAUUUUGGAUGUGAAACCUUGGGACGACACGACAGAUAUGCAAGAAAUGGAAAAAUUUGUUAGGAGGAUUGAGAAAGAUGGUCUCGUUUGGGGCGCUGCAAAAUUGAUCCCGCUUGCGUACGGUAUUAAAGUGCUGCAAAUUAUCUGCGUUGUGGAAGAUGAAAAAGUUUCUGUGGAUGAUCUUAUCGAGCAGAUAACCGAAGAAGUAUCGGAUCAUGUGCAGAGUGUCGACAUUGUUGCCUUCAACAAAAUUUGA